GUUGAUGUUUUCUUCCUGGACUGGUUGAAACUUUAUAGAUAAAGAGCAUAGCCUACUUCGUUUGUUUUAUUGUAACAGAUCUAAUUUAGUCAUAUUCUGUUUCGACGUGUGACUAUGUAACUCGUGAGCUAUUCAGCUGACUAGGAAAUCAACUUCUAACUUACAGUUGUCAGAUCAGGAAAAUAAUAGUUUCAUUUUGUAGUAUUGUAGUAUUUUAGACGUUUUUAUUUAGGCAUCAUGCACAGAAGAGGAGUCGGAGCUGGAGCCAUCGCCAAAAAGAAACUUGCAGAGGUAAAGUAUAAAGAGAGAGGUACCGUCCUUGCUGAGGAUCAGAUUGCGCAGAUGUCAAAACAACUGGAGACCUUUAAAACCAACCUGGAAGAGUUUGCCAGCAAGCACAAACAAGAAAUCCGCAAGAACUCUCAGUUCAGGGUGCAGUUCCAAGAGAUGUGUGCCACUAUAGGAGUCGAUCCACUUGCGUCUGGAAAAGGAUUUUGGUCUGAGAUGCUUGGUGUUGGAGAUUUCUACUAUGAGCUUGGUGUACAGAUCAUUGAAGUCUGUUUAGCUCUAAAACACAGAAAUGGUGGUCUCAUCACAUUGGAUGAACUUCACCACCAUGUGUUAAAAGGAAGAGGGAAAUUUGCACAAGAUGUGAGCCAGGAUGACUUGGUGCGAGCCAUCAAGAAGCUCAAGGCAAUGGGAAAUGGCUUCGGGAUGAUUCCCGUUGGAGGCUCUUAUCUUGUCCAGUCGGUCCCAGCUGAGCUCAACAUGGAUCACACUGUUGUCCUUCAGCUAGCAGAGAAAAAGGGCUACGUGACAGUGAGCGAGAUCAGAGACAGCCUCAAGUGGGAGAGAGAGCGGGCCUGUCAUGUCCUUGAUCACCUGCUGAAAGAAGGCUUAGCAUGGCUGGACUCCCAAGCUGCGGGGGAGCCACAGUACUGGCUUCCUGCUCUGUUCUCGGAGCUGUUAUCUCGAGACAUUACGCCUGAGGAGGCCAGCCAGAUGACACCUUGAGAAUAAGACAUUAUUUUGUAAAUACACUGUCAUGGUGAAACGGAUAGAGGCGAAGGUCAAAGAAUGUACAAUGUCGUGAGUCAAGUUUGUUUGAAAGGAAAACAGUGUAAAUGGAGAAUAAAAGCAUCUUUUUAGUCACA